UUCCUUUUCGAAUUUUUGAAGUCCCCUCCAUUUUUAAGCGAACACGCGUAGUGAGUAUAAAAUUCGACUUUCUCGCUAUGUCAAAACGUAAAGUUCGCUUCCAGGAGAAGGAGAAUGGUGGGGACGCUGAAAUGCAAGUGGAAGACGACUCAAAGCGACGCUUCAAGACGAAGCACUCUUUAGAUAGUGACGAAGAGGAAGAAAACGAGGAAAAAGACGAUGUCUACAACAUUCUGUCCACAGAAGACAUUGAUGGCCAAGAAGAAGCCACUUUAGAUCACGAUGGAGAGAUAAAAAUCACCCCAUUCAAUUUGAAGGAAGAAAUGGAGGAGGGCCACUUUGAUAACGAGGGAAAUUAUCAUUUAAAAAAGGAAAAAGAAAUCCGUGAUGACUGGCUUGAUUCUGUAGAUUGGGUCAAAAUAAAAGAAAUGGAUAAGAAUAAAGAUGAGAAAAUGGAUAGCGGCAAUGACGACCAAUUCGAAGAUGCAGUUGAGGUUGACGUUAUAGGUCACCUGAAGCAGAUGCAAGAAAUCCUUAAACCUGGGGAGACAGUAUUGAAAUGCCUACGCCGUCUUGGCUCAAAACCUGGUGGUGUGAGGAGACCCUCUUUUAAAGCUAAGCGUCAGAAGACUGAAAUCAGUGACCCAGCGGAUGUUAAAGAAAACAAAGAAAAACUUCUAAAACUGACUGAACUUGCAGACACACUGCUACAAGGUGGAGAUUUUGGGAUAUACCAAGAAACUUAUGAAAAGAUAUGCUUCAGAGUGAAACAACUUGGUGAAGAAAAAGCAAGUAAAGAUGAAGAUGAUGAACUAGAAGCUGCUUAUAAGCAUGGAGGUGGGGAGGGGACAUCUACUAGUACCUCUGAGAAAAGUGAAAAACCAACAAUUGAUGAUCAGGUUUAUUGGGAAUAUAAAUGGGAUGAGGCUAGCUCAUCUGAGGUUUAUGGACCAUUCUCAUCCAUAGAUAUGCUUCAUUGGACAAAUGAAGGUCAUUUUAGUGAUGGUGUCUUUGUGCGAAAGGUUUCUGAUGGCAAGGCCGGAGGGCAGUUUUAUAAUUCGAAGAGAAUUGAUUUUGAGCUGUAUACAUAAAACCUUAUGUAAGGUAAAAUCAGUUUGAUUGCAAAUCUGAUUUAUAUACUUAUAUGUGUCCCAAUGUAAAGUUAACCCUUUCUUGACCAUACAAACACUUUAGAAUCGAACUUGUUGCUAGAAAUUCAACCAUUAAUUGGGUCUCGCAAAAGUUGAAGACUAAAUCAGCCUACAUUUGUAAAGUUUUCUGUGUAUAUACUAGCCAAUGCAUAUCAAAGUGUGACGAUGGCAAUAUAUAAUAAUAAAAAGAGAAGUUUCAUGAAA